AAACUGUAAACAAUCAGUUUCAGGCGCGCACACCUUCAUCACGUGAACGCCGGCGACCAAUAAGAGACGAGGAAGGAGCGAAUCGUCUAUUGGUCAAUAUCUACAAGAACGAGUGACGUUAUCAGACUGUGUUCUUUGUGUCAUUGCGGCGUCGUUUGCAGAAUACUUCCAACAAAUUCAGACUUAACUUUGAUUGCAUAAAAAUCAAAAUGGAUGACAUAGAAUUAAAAAAUAUAGAGUCUCGACAACCCCUGAUGCGUUCGCUUUCCAGAAGCGACUCGUACACUCAGGAAGAUAAGGUUGAUACUCCCUUUGGCACAAUGACAGUUGCUGUCCAGGGAGAACGGAAUCGACCUGCUAUUGUGACUUAUCAUGAUAUUGGCCUGAAUCAUGUAUCCAACUUCCAAGCAUUUUUUAAUUUUAUGGAUACUCGAAUCUUGAUGCAGAGUUUUUGUGUUUAUCAUGUCAAUGCUCCCGGACAAGAAGAAGAUGCACCUCCUCUUCCAGAUGGAUAUACUUUUCCUGAUAUGGAGCAAUUGGCAGAAAUGCUUUUGUCAGUGAUGAAAUUUUAUGGACUUAAGCACUUUGUGGGUUUUGGUGUUGGAGCAGGGGCUAAUAUUCUCUGUAGGUUUGCUUUGGCACAUCCAGAAUGUGUGGAUGGAUUAUUUCUCAUCAACUGCUGCUGCACUCCUUCCGGUUGGACAGAAUGGGGUUAUCAGAAAUUAAAUUCCAUGUAUUUACGCUCUUCUGGAAUGACUGCUUCUACUCAGGACUAUCUGAUGUGGCAUCAUUUUGGAAAAGUCACAGAAGAAAGAAAUCAUGAUCUCAUUCAAGUUUAUCGACAGUAUUUCAAUAAAUCAAUAAAUGCUAAGAAUUUGGCAAUGUUUAUAGACACUUUUGUCAAGAGAGGUGAUCUUGGAAUCAUUCGUGAGAUGGACUUUAGCAAGAAGAAAACUGCAAAAAAUUUCAGUUGUCACAUCUUGCUGUUAGCUGGAGCACUCUCACCUCAUUUGGAAGAUACUGUCACCAUGAAUAGCCGACUGGACCCAUCAAAUUCAACAUGGAUGAAGCUCUCGGAUUGUGGAAUGGUUCUCGAAGAACAACCCGGAAAGGUUAGCGAGGCGUUUCGUCUCUUCCUUCAGGGACUUGGUUAUGCACUCAACCAGUUUCGCCGUAAGUCAUCAUCUGCAUCGUCAUGUGGAGAAGUUCCGAGUCUGACCACACGCAAACUGACUCAGUCCCGACAGAAUUCGUUGGAGGAGGAAGACACAACCACAAAUGGCAACAAGCAAGAAGUUCACAUUGUUGAAAAUCCAAUCAAUCAACAUUCUGUUACGUGUUGAACCCGUCUAGAAAGUAAAUAGAACUGGAGACCGAUAGCAAAAUUAUAUUUUUGAGAAAAUGAUAAAGAGAAGUUUUUGGAUUAGUCCUGUAAUUUGGUGUUUUUUGGUAACCAUCUUUAAUAUUAAAGAAAACAGAAAAAAAAAUUGGUUGGAUUUUUGAUCUCUCUGAUUGUAUGUAGUCAGACGUCCUUCCUUAACAAGCAAAGGUUAUCUAUGCAGUUUGCUUCAUGAUGUUUGUCUCUGUGAUGUAUAUGCACAUUCAUACAAAAAUCUAUUAUACACAAAAUCUUUUUACUUAAUUAUUAUAAGACUUGCAAAACUUAUUAUUGUACUUUAAGUAUACUCUGAGUUAUGUAAUAUUUUUAAUAUAUUCAGAUUUCUUUCAGGUGUCUGUUUUCAAUGCUUAUUGUACAUAAAUUUUGUUUUCAUAACAUCUAACCGAAGUCAUAUAUUUUAAUAUUUACUUCGCUAUUACAAAUUUAAUAA